AUGGCAAGAUUUGCUACAAAAGAUGGAAAAUCUAAGGAAACAUAUGCUGGUCAUAUCAAAUACAUUUUUGUCCAUGAUUUUUCUCCACAACCCACAGCCACUAAUUUCUUCCACUACUUGAACUCACAGCAUUAUAAAGCCCCUUACCACCAAUUAAAAACUGAACAGGGCAUGGUAUUGUGUGAGCCGACAUUUGUAAAGUACAAUUCUAAAAAUAUUUUGCCAGUUCACUGCAUUCUCUUAUCAGUUGCAAUUGGUGAUCAUGUAUCUGAUGAUGGUACUGCAAAAGUCAUUGUCAUUUCUUUACCAAGAAAGCUUUAUGCUUAA